AUGGCCGUUUGCAAUGCAUAUGGUGGAUUUGAAUUGUACGACAUCCGCGCACGCCGGCUUCUGCGUAAUUUCAAGGCUAGCGAUGCACCGCCCGCGCUCCCUGCGAUUUUCGUGCACGAUGAUCUGGGUCUUCUCACCGGCGGCCUAAAUGGUCGGGCAUAUUACAGCGGCUCGCACAGGUUGAUAGCGACUGGCUCUGUGUCCAAAGUCAUCAAAUUCUGGCAGGCUCCACUGCCUGUGCGCAACACAUAUGCCGUUGAGCAGCCUGUCGAACCCCAAUCUGACUCCGCCACCACUUCCGCCAAAACCGUGGCGCCGAAUCGAUAUAAGUCGCGCGGAACGAAUACGGGGCCCUCCUCCACCGUGGCUAGAGCGGGUACCCGCCGGGCUGACCAGCCGAGCAAUCAAGGCGCUCAAAAACAGGCGGAGCAAAGACGAGCAGGUGUCCAUCGAGCGACCGCAGCUGCGGCCCCCGAGUUGCGUUGUAACCCAACGUUAACCAUGUGUCUCCUCAUCUUUGCAUCCAUGUGGCUCUUCUUCACCGCAGGCCUAACAGUAUAUUACCAGCACGACAUAGUACAUCUCAGGGCUGAAGUGUUGGCCAAAGAAGGAGAAUUACGAUCGUAUGUCAUCUCUAUGUCUGCCACAAAUUAG